UACGUUUUCUUUUCCGCUCAGGUCUCGUAGUGGUGAGAGCGUGGAUUUCAUCCUCAAGGCUCGCAAAAACAUCAAAAAUGAGCGUCCCAGCAUUUAUCGAUAUUACGGAAGAAGACCAGGCGUUGGAGCUAAGAGCCUACAUCAAGGCCAAAGGAGCUGAAAUAUCAGAGGAGAACUCAGAAGGCGGACUUCAUGUAGAUCUGGCUCAGAUCAUCGAGGCAUGUGAUGUGUGCCUUAUGGACGAUGAUAAAGAGGUAGAGAGUGUGAUGAACAGCAUUGUGUCUCUGCUGUUAAUCCUGGAGACGGAGAAGCAGGAAGCUCUCAUUGAAAGUCUAUGUGAGAAGCUGCUGAAGUCCCGUGAAGGAGAGAGACCCUCCCUCAGGAUGCAGCUGCUGAGUAACCUGUUCCACGGCAUGGACGAGAACACCACAGUGAGGUACACUGUCUUCUGUGGCCUCAUCAAGGUGGCUGCGACUUGUAAUGCCAUUGCCUUCAUCCCAACUGACCUUGAUCAGGUGCGCAAGUGGAUUAUCGACUGGAACCUGACCACAGAGAAGAAGCACACACUCUUGAGGCUGGUGUAUGAAGCAUUAGUUGACUGCAAAAAAGGCGAUGCUGCAGCAAAAGUGAUGGUUGAGCUGCUGGGAAGUUACACAGAAGACAAUGCUUCACAAGCACGUGUUGAUGCCCACAGAUGUAUCGUCCGUGCUCUCAAAGACCCCAACACCUUCCUGAUUGACCACCUGCUCACCCUGAAACCGGUUCGAUUCCUGGAGGGAGAACUCAUCCAUGACUUAUUAACCAUCUUCGUCAGUGGAAAACUGAUAGCCUAUGUAAAGUUUUACCAGAGUAACAAAGACUUUAUUGACUCUCUUGGCCUGUCUCACGAGCAAAACAUGUCCAAGAUGCGCCUGCUGACAUUGAUGGGCAUGGCUGUGGAAUUCAAGGAGAUCUCCUUCGACACCAUGCAGCAGGAGCUGCAGAUUGGAGCUGAUGACGUUGAGGCCUUUGUCAUUGACGGUAAGAGCACUUCACCUCAAAUGAAUCCUUGCUGUUCAACCUUGUUAAGUGUACUUGAUAACCUGUACCAAAUGGCAUCCCAGCUGGAUUGUGUAACCUGGAACCAAAUGAACAACCUGGCAACUUCGAUGAAAAGCAGUGCCCAUGCACCCAGCUAUGACAGUGACCCCACAGCCCCACCCCCACCCAUGCUCAUGAGUGCCCAGUAUCACAUACACACACAUGGUGUCUUCAGAGGACUUCAGGAUGUUCGGCGCGUAGCUGGCAUUGCUCCACCCAGUGUGAGGUCAUCAGAAGCCAGUGAAAAGCGUCCAUUUGUUUGUGCUUACCCUGGCUGCAGCAAGAGAUACUUCAAACUGUCACAUCUGCAGAUGCACGGCCGCAAACACACAGGAGAGAAGCCUUACCAGUGUGACUUCACAGACUGCGGCCGCAGAUUCUCUCGCUCAGACCAGUUGAAGAGGCACCAGCGCAGACACACAGGAGUGAAGCCCUUUCAGUGCGAGACGUGUCAGAGAAAGUUUUCACGGUCAGAUCAUCUUAAGACGCACACUCGGACUCAUACAGGUGAGAAGCCAUUUACCUGCCGCUGGUCCAGCUGCGAGAAGAAGUUUGCCCGUUCUGAUGAGCUGGUGCGCCACCACAGCAUGCACCAGAGGAACCUGACCAAGCUGCAGCCUGCCAUCUGAGCAGCGAGAGGAGGAGGAUGAGGAGGAUGAGGAAGCUGACAAUAUGUUGUGCCAGGCAGCUAGUGGUGAAAGCCGCAGGAGCCUGGUCAGCAGUUAUGGUGCCUUGCCAGACUGUGUUGAGCCCAGCUGAUGCCUCCCUCUGCCAGCCGACGUAAAGAGACUCGUAAUCCUCGAGAACUUCAGGAUGCACCUCAACUAGCACUCGUUCGGGUUAUUUGAUAUAAAAACUCAGACUGAGAGGGUACAACCACAGUUAUUCUGAGCCAAGAAGAAUAUUUUUUUUAUGAGAUGAGGAAAAUGUUGAUACACUAUUUUAGUAAACUUGCACUGGCUUUUUUUUAAUGAUUUUUUUUAUUGUGUCACCUUGUAAACUGGAUUACGAAAUGGGCAAUGUGUCCAUUCAUUUGAGAUUUUUUGCUUUGAAUAAUGUGAACAUCUUGAUAUUCUUACAGUUUAAUUUCUCACUAAAUUGCUCUGUAUAUAUGUGAUGUAUUUGCUUACUUUUAUAGGCAUUCCUUUUUGUAAUUUCUGUUUUUAAGUUUAUAAAACUUCGA